AUGGCUCAAAAUUAUAGCGUGGCACCACCAUUUGGAGCACCAAUACAUAAAAUUCGUGUCAAAUACUUAAACGAUGAUGUUAAUGGGGGUCCUUCUCGCCCACCUGGAGGAAAGCCUGUUUUCAAGCCCAAAGGAAGAGGAAGAGGAGAUAGCGAGGACGACUCCAGACAGUCGCCAGAGAUAUCCGAUGAGCCAAUCCCUUUCGUAUCUGGAAACGGCGAGGACCCAGACUUAUCACGUCUACUUCCGUAUCUAGCGCUCGGGUUCGCGCCUCAAUCUCCACCUCCACGUCUCCUGGAAGAUGCCUACAUGUGUGGUAUCAACGCAUUAGCCACCGGUCUGGAGGCUGUAAGGAGUCUACUUGUGGAGUAUGAUUCGCCACUGGACGAUCAUUUGAUCGUUGAGGAUAUAAGAGCGAUGCUGGAAGGACACGGCUAUGAAGUGGAAGCGAGAAAUCUUGUUGUGGAAAUAGGAAAAGUAGAUGAGGCUACAGAUGAGCCUUUAGAGGAGUACCUUCAAGAUUAUCUUGAGGCGAAUGUAGUUGGGAUUCAUCAGCUGAUUGUGCUUAUGCGAAUGAUCAAUACGCGACUAGACUCCAAAUUCAAUAUCGGAUUCAUCACUGAGGGAUUCAGAGGGAGGUACGAGCCCGUGUUUUCCGAUCCAAACGCACCAUUAGUCGUCUCCGGUGACAGAAUAUGGAACCCCGAUUUCGUCCAGCCGCACGAAGUAUACUUCCAGCAGCAAUACCCUUACGGCCCUACAAUCUGGCUCCAUAACGACAACGCCGGCAAGAUCAAAGAGAGCCACGAGCAGGGCGUAUACUACUCUUCGGACGUCAGUCAUUGGGAAGCUAUGACACCCAAAAUUGAUCCUCGGGCACGCGAGGCAAUCAACCGCUGGAAUCUCGAGGCUCAAACACGGGCCUUAGUCGACCAAGGUCUAGCUAUGAUUCGAGAGAAUAUAGAACUAGAACAUGAAAACGACAUGGAGAUGAUAUACGCUGGCCACUUCGCCACCCUGGUCCCUACUCCGCCCGACACACCCACCGAAGGCACAGCCGUAGUUGACCUAGGCGGCCAACACGCCGAAAUUGCAAUCCCAGAUCUAAAGCACAUAUCAUACACGCCUAACACCGGCCUGCCCAUCGAACCACCCAUAUACAAGCCCGGCAUCCCCAACUUCCGCAUUCUCUUGGUGAAAAAGGGUCCUCCGAAAGGGGCACGAGGACGCUACCCCAUCAUCAAGAAAUUCAACAUCUCCCGCGGCGAAUGUUUUCACGUUCUACCUGACUUCAAAGUCUUGCAUCCAAAAGUCCGCCGUAUUGAGGGUGGAGAGACGGGAGAGAUUGACAAUACUGGGAAGUUUAUGGGGGUUUGUAAUAAGCCCUGGGGGCUGGAAAGUACCCAGCGUCUUGUGGCGUAUCCGCAUGGUAUGAUGCUUCCGCUUGCGAGGCUUGAGAGUGAUAUUGAGGGGGUUGAUGGGUUUGAGAAGGAGGAGGUGGUGCUUGUUACGGAGAGGUUGGAAGGUCUGGGGGAGGAUGGGGAGUGGAGGUACUGUGUUUAUGAUAUUGAUGGGGAAUUUGCGGUUGCGAGGGGGGAGCAGUUGGUGAGGUGGGCUACGGAGGCCUUUAGUUUGAGGUUUGAUAAGGUGGAGUUGAAGAAUAAACUUAAAAUGCUGACUGUGACGACGGGGUUUCAGAAGAAUGGAGAAGAGGAUGGAGAAGAAGAUGUGGAGGAGGAUGGGAAGGGGAGAGGGAAAGGGAAGGCUGCGAGUAAGAAGAAUGCGAAGGGAAAGGAAAAGGCGGUUGAAGAAGUACCGAUGCCGAAGGCGAGUAAGAGAACAAAGAAGACAGAGGCAUCAGAACAGGCUUCACCCAAGAAGACUGGGAAGAGAAAGGCGGUUACUGGCGAGGACGAGAAUGACGACGACGACGACUUGUCACCACCCGAGCCAAGUAAGAAGAAGGCGAAGGCUUCGGCUAAGAAAGCUGGUAAGAAAGCUGGGAAGAGGAAGAUGGAUGCGGACGAGGAAGAGGAGGACGAAGAGGAUGUGUCACAGCCUGGGCCGAGUAAGAAGAAGCCUAGGGUUUCAGCUAGGGAAACUGGUAAAAACAAGGCGGUUAAGGAUGAAGAUGAGGAGGAAGAAGAGGCUCUGUCACAGCCUGAAGUGAUUAACAAGAAAGCAAAGAGUUCUACUAAGAAAGGUGCUAAGAGGAAAGCAAUUGACGAUGAGGAAGAGGACGAAGAGGAUGAGGAAGACGAUGCGCCCGAACCUGGACCGAGUAGGAAGAGGGCCAGGUUUUCAGUAACUACAGGUGGUAAGGGAAAGGCGGCCAAAAACCAGCCGCCGCCGAAGGGGAGUAAGAAGUCGUUGAAGAAGAAGUAG